UUUUCAUUCAGUCACCUCUACACAUGUAGCGUAGUAUUUGAUUAUUCGACAUGAUUCUUUGUAAUAGAAGCAAACUUUGUCUCUUUACAAAGUUAGGAGAAUAGAAAUGGAAAUUUUACAAAUUUAAGAUGAUGUGUUGGCUUAUAAAACUAAAUUUGGUGCGUGUAACGAGAAGUCCGCUUUAUUUGCCAAGCCUGGAAAAUAACGGCAUACUUUCUCUCUCUCUCUCUAAUCGGCGGCGUGAGGAGAGCUCUUGAAUCUAGUCCUCCAAGGUGCAAUUCUCUGUCAUCCACAUUGUCAGGAAACUCAAAAUCCAACGUUGUUUCAACACUCAACAGAUCUUCGUGGCUCUCUUUCUUUUCCCUAUGUCUCUCUAGCUGGAAUUUUUAAUGGUUUCUUCAACCGGGUCACCCACUCAUCUAGAAAAAACCCAAAAGGAGGAAUCUUUUUUGGAAUUCCCCACUUUCUUUCAGCUCAUCUGAUAGAUGGUGGUGAAGAUGAUGAAAUGGAGGCCAUGGCCCCCUCUGAUUUGCAGGAAAUUUGAGGUGAGGAUCACUGUGCACAAGCUGGAGGGGUGUGAUUGGGUGUGCGUGGGCGCAGAGAAGGACAAUGGUGGUCUCGCGGUGGAGAUCAGGUGGAAGGGCCCCAAGAUUUCGCUGGGAACAUUUAGGAGGACUGUGAAGAGGAACUGUACAAGGGAAGAGGCGGUCAAGAGGGUUUGUGGUGAUGGCCCAAACGACGGCGUUUUGGUGGAGUGGGAUGAAGAAUUUUGUAACGUCUGUAAUUUUUCUGGAUACAAGGACAAUGUAUUUCAUCCUUGGGAGAUCAACUUUGCUGUUUUGCAAGUCUGUGAGGGUGCGAAGAACAAGAUUUCAGUUGUUGGUUUGGGAGCAUUAAACCUUGCUGAAUAUGCUUCAAAAACUAAGGAGCAACUUAUUGUAGUCAAAAUUCCUUUAACUGUUUCUAACAUCGCGGUUGAGCAUCAUCCCUCUCUUUUCAUAUCUCUCGACUUGGUAGAACUUCAAGGUGCACAACAAUCAACCGAUUUGGUCCCUGUGAUGCCUGUUCCACCCGCUUCAGCAUCUGGAGAAGCUUCUUCUAUGGAUAAAGACGAGGUAUCUGCGCUUAAAGCUGCACUCAGAAAGGUAAAAUUUAUUACUGAAUAUGUGUCAACUCGGAGACCUAGAAAGGCCGGCCAUGAAGAGGAGGGUAGCGAAGGCAGGUACUUCUCCAAGAGUGAGGACGACGAAUAUGCUUACCCUUGUGAAUUGGACUCAACUGAUGAAUUUGAGGAAGGAGAAUGCGAUGAACGCAAAGAAGACUGUGCUGCUAGGAAGUCAUUUAGUUACGGAACGCUGGCUUAUGCUAAUCAUGCUGGUGUGUCGUGUUAUUCUGGUGCCACCAAUUACGACGCUGAAGAUUGGAUUUAUUACAGUAAUCGCCGCAGAUCAGAUGGUGGCUGCCCUCCUGUGGAGGACCCAAUUUCUUCAGCUCCGGAGCAAUCACUGAUACAAAACUCCAAACGUAGUAUUUUGCCUUGGAGGAAGAGGAAGCUGAGUUUCCGAUCUCCUAAAGCCAAAGGUGAACCAUUACUUAAAAAGGCUAACGGUGAAGAAGGCGGAGAUGAUAUAGAUUUUGACCGCAGGCAGCUUAGUUCGGACGAAUCUGUCUCUCCAAAGUGGCAUAGGACAGACGAGGAUUCAAAUGCGAAUCAAUCAUCAUUGUCUGAGUUUGGCGACGACAGUUUUACUGUUGGAGUCUGGGAGCAGAGAGAAGUAACAAGCCGUGACGGACAUAUGAAGAUUCAGACGCAAGUCUUUUUUGCUUCGAUUGAUCAGCGAAGUGAGCGUGCUGCAGGAGAAAGUGCUUGCACCGUUCUCGUCACUGUCAUCGCUGAUUGGUUGCAGAACAACCCUAACCUCAUGCCAAUCAAGUCGCAGUUUGAUAGUUUGAUAAGAUAUGGAUCCUUGGAGUGGAGAAAUCUUUGUGAGAACGAAAUAUACAAGGAGCGUUUCCCCGACAAACACUUUGACCUAGAGACGGUCAUCCAAACAAAGAUCCUUGAUCUCUGCAUAGUUCCCGGGAGUUCGUAUAUCGGAUUUUUCCAUCCAGAUUGUAUGGAAGGAGAGAAUUUUGGUUUUCUACGCGGUGCCAUGUCCUUCGAUGACAUUUGGGAUGAGAUCAGCUGCUCGGAGGGCUCCACCGGUAGCGAAGCUCCGGUCUUCAUAGUUAGCUGGAACGAUCACUUUUUCGUCCUCAAGGUUGAGACAGAUGCUUACUACAUCAUUGACACGUUAGGGGAGCGUCUGCACGAAGGAUGCAAUCAAGCUUACAUACUGAAAUUCGACAGGAGCACGACUAUCUAUAACCUGAAAAAUGCUGACGAAUCACCGGAAGGAUCUGCUGGCGAGCAGUGUGCUUCUGCUGUGGGGGUUGAGCUCGAGGUCUCAAACGUGCAGGCACCCGAGCUGAAGGAGGAUUCAGAGAAGGAAGACGAGGUUCUCUUUCGCGGUAAAGAGUCGUGCAAAGAGUACAUAAAGAACUUCCUGGCUGCGAUUCCGAUCAGAGAACUGGAGGCAGAUAUGAAGAAAGGUCUGACAAUGUCGGCUCCUCUUCAUCAGCGGCUGCAGAUAGAGUUUCACUACACGCGAUUGCAGCAGCCGGCGUUCGUUUCUCGAGAACCUGAAGCUGCGGCCUGAAUUCUGGUAACUGUAUAUCUUACUACUGUCAUGUCUAUAGCUAACUUGAAAAUCCUUGGAAAUAGGGUGUGAUGUAGGAUUCACAAAUAUAAGAAACUUUAACCCAACUUCAUCUUGGUCUACACAUUUUUUGUUCAAUUCUCCCUCUUAAUUUGCUCUAGGAGUUUUUUUUAGUAUUGCACAAGGUGAUGCUAGCAUUUUCUCGUCUUGCGUUUCUCCAAUUGUUAAGUUUCUUUUAGAUUUGAACCACAUGACGCUGUAGUUAUUAAUGUCCAUUAUUUAUUUAUUUAUUUAUUCAUUCA